AUGAAUUCCUCAAUUCAACUUCACUCGCUUAGGUCUGGACCUCUGUUCGUUCGCCUGGUCAGAAACAGCGGCAGGCCAGUUAGUCUAUCCCUUACACGAUACAAUCACUAUGCGACCCAGAGCAGUCUCAACAGUUCCAAGAGCGCACAGCCGACGAGAAAAUCGAUUACCGUGACCAGUGAUGAUGGAACAAUCAAAUGGGGGCAGCUUUCGCGUGGAGAAAAAGCGGCACGAGCUACGCAGCAGUCUGUCAAUUUCCUAGUCAUUUUGGCCGGCGCAGUUAUGACGUGCGGAGUUUUCACGUUUCUAUACCUUGAUGUAUUUGCGCCCGACAGCAAAACGAACCAAUUUAACCGUGCAGUUAGCCGUGUAAAGGACAGCGAAGAGUGUAUUGCCUUGCUGGGGGAUAGCAACAAGAUCAGAGCCUACGGGGAGACGUCAUGGAAUAAGUGGACGAGAAACCGUCCAAUUGCCACAACAAUUGAGAAAGACAGGAAAGGAAAUGAACAUAUGAGGAUGAACUUUCAUGUCAGUGGCCCACUUAACGACGGUGUUGUGCUAGUCCACUUGGUCAAGCUGGCGGGCCAACAUGACUUUGAAUACCACCUUCUCGCGUUAGACGUCAAAGGCCACCGCCGCAUUUAUCUAGAGAAUGCAGAUGCGGCCAAGAAGGCAGCCGCAAAGGCCGGAUCAACGAUAUUUGGGAUCCAGUGGCGGUAG